UUGACUAAUCUUCCCUUUGAUACCCACUCUCUCUCUCUCUCUCUCUCUCUCUCUCUCUCUCUCUCUCAAAACCACAAUCUAAUUUCUCUUUUCACUCUCCUCUAGUUCCUCAAACCAUGCAAGGAUUAAUCACUCAUGACAGUAAAGAAGAUGCAGAGUUCCAUUUCUGGGGUGCACGUAAUACCUUAUAUUAUGAGGAGCUCAGUGAUCGAUUAGGUGGCAGUGAAGCAAGCCUUUUUGAAGAAAGCUUUGGAGCUUACUCGCCAACCUUAUGGAAAGGAAAGACCUCAAAAAAUGAUAAUCAUGGAGAUUAUGAAUCUCAUCCUUUGCUCCCCCACAACCACCACUACUCCACCAAUCUUUCCCCCACGUCAAGCAGAAGGGCAAUUGCGGAAGGUAGGAGGCAGCUUAUGGAAAUGAUUCAAGACAUGCCCGAGUCUUGUUAUGAGCUCUCUCUAAAAGAUAUUGUUGAAGAGGCAGCUGCGAUCGAAGAUUCCGGCUUUCAUUCCAAAAUUAAGAAGCAAAAGAAGGGGCGUCAGAUGUCGAGGAUUUCAAGCAUGGACACUGAAACUUUCCUGCUCAAGAUGUUCUUUCCAACAUGUCUAUCUUUAAAGAAGAAAGCAAAGGCAGGAGGAGACUGCUCGAAAGUGUCUCCAGCUCCAAGGCCAUCUUCAGAGGGUGCCAAGCAUGAUAUCGACAGGGAAUGGUGGAUGAGCAGGUUUUUUCUUGGAGGAGAGAACAAAAGAAGUCGAGGGAAUAGCAUGAUUGGAAGCACCAGCAGUAGCAGCCACGAGGAUGCCAAUUUCAUACCUGGUUGCUGGUCCUUCUUCCACACCAAGAAAAACAAAGCCAAGAGACAGAGAGGAUGCGUCGUGGGAAUGAAAUGCAAUUGAAGAAGUUCUGGUGGGAGCAUGAAUGUGGUGGCCAAUGAAAUUUCAGGGUCCAAAAUGAACGUUUACUACCACUCUUGUUAUUGCUUCUGGGCCUGUUACCUGUUAGCUGUAAUAUAAUCAAUAUAUCCAGCGGAAGGUAAAAAAAACUACUAUGCAUAGUUUGCGCUGCACUAUUCAUGGAGCUUAAUAUUUGUCUGAAUCAUCAACCGCCAAAUGUAUUCCCCCUCCCAUCAUUCCAAAGCCUAUAUGACCUAGUCUUUUCAAAUGUUAUGAAGGACCACGCCAUAUAGACUUUAAGGGAAUAGACGGAUGAUGUAUAUCAUUACCCAUUAACUAUUAUAUAAUUAGAUAUCCCAACCUGAAACAUGGAUUAAACGUAGAUUGGGUACCAAAUGGAUGUAAAGCCUUAUUGAGUGGGAACACAGUUUAAGUUCCCAGUAUGCUCUGUUUA